AUGAGAAACCUUGGAGAACUCAAUCCUAAGUGGGAUGUCUUAUCAAACCCUUCAUUUGAAGGUUCAGGCAUCUACUCAGAAGAAGAGGCUGGAAGUGAUGGGGAAAGUAUCAGAAAUUGUCCCUUUUGCCAAUGCCUUUUUAUGAUACUCUGGCUUAAAGGAGUUAAAUUUAAUGUGACUACUAUUGACAUGACCAGAAAAUCUGAAGAACUGAAGAACUUAGCCCCAGGUAUCAAUCCUCCAUUCUUGGUAUAUAAUAAGGAGUUGAAAACAGACUUCAUUAAAAAUGAGGAAUUUCUAGAGCAGACACUGGCUCCUCCAAGAUAUCCUCACCUGAGUCCCAAGUACAAGGAAUCUUUUGAUAUGGGCUAUAAUCUCUUUGCCAAGUUUUCUGCAUAUAUUAAGAAUAUACAAAAAGAAAGCAACAAAUUUUGAAAAAAAUCUCUGCUAAGAGAAUUUAAACAUCUGAAUGACAACUUAAAUAUUCCACUUCUGGACAAAAUUGAUCAAGACAGUGCUGGGAAGCACACAGUUUCCAGAAGUCUGUUCUUGGAUGGAGAUCAACUAACACUGGCUGACUGCAGUUUGUUAUCCUAACUGAAUAUUAUUAAAGUUACUGCCAAGAAGUACUGUGACUUUGACAUUCCAGCAGAAUUCUCAGGAGUCUGGUGCUAUCUCCACAAUGCCUAUGCCCAUGAAGAAUUUGCCUACAUAUGUCCUGAAGACAAAGAAAUUGAAAAAAUGUAUGCAAGUGUGGCUAAACAGUAGAGACAAGACAACUCUUUCAGGAGAGAAACUUCUCUUUGUUAUCAAAUUUCACUUUGUACCUUAUUGGAAAUAUUAUUAGAAAUAAUAGCAUGUAAAAUACUAUUUCUUCUAAUCAACUCAGUAAUGGGAAAAAAAAAACUCUAAGUUUUCUGUUAUCUAGUUAGCCAUAAACAA